AUGUCAUGGGCUAGAAAUAUUCAAUCUAGAAUCCAACAACAACAACAGUUACAAAAACCAGGUGGUUUAGCACCACCAUCUGGUAAUGAAACACCACAAAAACAACCAUCAUCACCAACAUUAUCAGCUUUAUCAUCACCAAUAACUUCUUUAACAAAUGCAUUAAGAGGUAGUGGUGGUAUAUCACAACCAACUACAAAUACAACAUCUUUAACAUCAACAUCACCACCAUCACCAACUAUAUCAACAACAACAACACAAGUUAAAGUUGGCCAAACAUCAUUCACAACAUCAACAAAUUUACAAGCUGCUGCAUCUGGUAAUAAUUUACAAGCGAGUAUUCAAACAACAAAUAUAACAGUUACAUCACCUUCAAUGGCAAGUCCAAUUGGUACAUCAACAGGUAUACAAAAUCCAAAUGCUAAACCAAGUUCAUUACCAUCACCAUCACAAUCACCAAUGCAAACUAGAAAUACUUCUGCCCCAACUAAUAAUAAUAAUAAUAAUAAUACUGCUACUACUACUACUCCUACUACUACUACUACUACUACCACUACUACCACUACUACCACUACUACCACUACUACACCAUCAACAUCUACUACAACUACACCAACAACAUCAUCAUCAAAUUUAGGACAAAUUCAACAACAACCACCAACACUACAACAACAACAACAACAAAUUCAACAACAACAACAACAACAACCAACACCAAUAAAACAAACAACACCAUAUAUAUUUCCAAAUAAGAUACAACCAAAAUCAUUAACAACAGACAUGUUUAGAGGAUCAGAGUUUUCACAUGUUACAUUUGUUGAAGAUUUAACACGUAAAUUAGUAAAUGAUCAAAUGGGUGCAGAUGGUCUUCAUUUUGAACCUGCUCCAUUUAAUCAAUUAUUUUUAAAUACACAAUUACAAUUAUCACAACUUGAAAGUAAUAUUGAUAGAAGAUUAGAUGAUUUAGCAGAGGAAUGUAAUGAUUUUAGUUAUGAUUAUAAAAGAAAAUUACAAGAUUUAACAGGAUCAUAUCAAGAAUGUUUUCAACAUUUUAAGAAAUUAGAAAAGGGAGUUAAUACAAUUGGAACCAAAGCAGUUCAUUUUGGUGAUGAAUUAGAUUCAGUGAAUCAACAAAAAGUUAAAGCACAAGGUGCAUUAUCAUUAAUUAAUUAUCUAUUGGAAUUAAAUAGUGUUGGUGCAUCAUCUGAAGAAAAUGGUGGUAUAACAAAGAGAUCCGAUAUCUUUACCAAUUCUGAUCGUAUUCAUGAAUUGGCUCAUUUGGUGAAAAAGUUAUCAUCAGUAUCAGAGGAUAUUAAAGAGAUCUCUGGUUUUAAACAAGGUAAAUUAGAAACUGAAUCAAUUUCAAAUUCAUUAGAAAAUGAUCUAUUAAAUCAAUUUGAACGUGCUGCUGAAAGAAAUGAUUAUGAUAAAAUGAAACAAUGUGCAACGACUCUUCAUGGUUUUAAUGGUGGUGAACGUUGUCGUUCACGUUAUAUUCAAAAAUUAAAAAUGUUUUUUGAUAUUGAUAGUUUUAGAAAAGAUGAAAAUUUAGCAAAUAAUAUUACUAAAAGAUUAAUUAGAGGUAAUAAUAUAGUUGAUACAAGAUUUGAAAUUUUUUAUACAGAUAUUUUAAAAGAUGUAUCACACGAACAAAUGGUAAUUCAAAAUGUAUUUGUUAAUCAGACAUCAGCAAUGGCAAUGUUAAUAAUUAGAUUAUUUGAACAACGUGUUAGAUUAUUUAUAGAGAAUGUAUUAUCAUUGGAGAGUAAUAAUGUUAGUAUGUUUUUACAAACGGUUCAUUAUGCAUUCAAUAGUACUAAAAAGUUAUUGGUUGAUCCAUUACAAUCCUAUGGUAUAGUUGGUGUGGAUUUAAAUCAAUUGUUAAAUUCAAUUUUCUAUCAAUAUCAAGAAGGUUAUAUUCAAAAGGAGACAACUUAUUUGGUUAGUUUAUUUCAAUCAAAUGUAGUUGAAGAAUGUGAACGUCUUCAAACUCUUGAUAGAUAUUCAAUGUAUCUGGAGGAUGGUUUAAAUCCAGAGAUCACUCAAAUGUUUGUACAACAAACUGAGAAUGCCUUAACUAGAAGUUAUACAUUAUCAUUGGAUAAUAUAUUGGCCGAUAAUAUUAAAACCAUUUUCUUUUUAAUGUUGGAAUAUCUCUUUGAAAAAUAUUCAAUGUUUGUCUUAAAUAAAUAUAUCGAAUUACCAAUGAUUCCAUCAUCAUCAUCAAAUGUUGAUACCAAAUCAAUUCAAGAUUCAAUCUCACAAUUGUUUAGAGUGGUUUUAUCAAUUAAUCAAAUUGUUGGUCAAAUUCAAUCAAUGUUUCAAGUGUUUGUCUUACCACAUAUUCAAACUUCAAUGAUUGUUCAAUCACAAUGUUCCGAUCAAUUAUAUUUUAAUAUCUCCUCAUUAGAGAAUACCAUAAAUACAGGUCUUGAAAAUUCAUUAACAACCAUGAUACAAUUAAUAGAGAAAACUUUACUUCCACAAGGUAGAAAUGAUUAUUUAAUCGAUGAUUAUGACAAUUCUGUAACCGAUACUUGUGCUUCUGUUAUCAAGUUAAUUCAAUCGUUUUAUGAUAUGGCCAAAAUUAAUUUACAAGGUAAAAACUUUCAUAUCUAUGUCGAAGAGUUGGGUUUAAAAUCUCAAUUCGUCUUUAUCAAUCAUUUUAAGAAAUUUAAAAUCGGUCAAGGUAUUGGUACUCUAAAGUUAAUGAGAGAUUUAACCGAAUAUAGAAAUCUAUCAAAACAAUUCAAAAGUCAAAAAGUUGAUGAUGCUUUCGAAUUAUUAUUUGAAAUUUCAAAAUUACAUCUUGUUAAUCCUGAAAACUUUAAAUUGGUAAUUGAAGGUGGUGCUUUAACUAGAAUGUCAAAACAAGAUUUAAUAAUUUUCAUUAAACAACGUUCUGAUUUUAAAUCAAUUUGGUUAGAUACUUUAUAA